UGCCUUUAUUUCUGUGAGUGCAGGUACAGACCUCCACUGUUGUGGGGAGCCAGUGGUCAUAUCCAGACGGCCUACAACGUCCUCGUGGGCCACGUCUUUGUCCCAUCUCCCGUGGGAGAUAGACAGUCUCUCUCCACUCCCGAUGGGUCCACUGUGACCUAUGACCUCUACCAGCCACAGCACCCCACCGCCUCCUCCCUCUUCUUCCUCCUCUGUCCUGGCAUAGGAAACUGCAGCGAGACAUUCUACAUCAGAUCAUUUGUCCACUACCUACUGAGCAAUGGACAUAAUGUGGCUGUUCUCAACCAUGUGGGUACUCUCACAGAUGUGCCUGUCACUGGGAACAGGCUAUUCACUUAUGGAGGGACGGGGGACCUUGCCGCAGUGUUUGAGGAUUUACUCUCCCGUCAUCCCUCAUCACAGUGGGUCCUGGUGGGCUUCUCCCUCGGAGCCAACAUUGGUGUCAGGUUCAUUGGAGAGAGGGUCCACUGGAGGUCACACUUUCUCUGUGCCGUGUCAGUCUGCCAGGGUUAUGACCCCAACCAAGCCAUUGGUAUAUUCCCCAGUACAUCAAACCUCUCCAAACUCUACUCACAUCACAUCACCUCCAAACAACUCUCCCUCAUGCGGCGACAUCGCUCGCAACUCCUGGGGGAAACCCCUCUCGUUAACCUCCGGAACCCCGCCGGACGAAACAGCAAAAUCACUCACAGAGGUCACGACUGCAACGGGUUUGCGUUGGACGUGACGAAAAUUGCUGGACCCAGCAACGAAGCUCUCCUGUGGAGGGCUAAGUCUAUACACGAACUUGACGAAUACUACACUAGGAGAGUGCUGGGGUUUGAGAGUGUGAGGGAUCUCUGGCAGUGGAUGUCCUGUGUGGAACUGAUGGAGACCGUGACUGAUUUCCCUCUCCUCCUGGUGAACGCCUGUGAUGAUCCCAUCGUCCCAGAGGAGGUCCACUCUAUUCCCAUACACUACACUGUCCAGGUGCUCUGAUGACAGCCGCCAUUGUUCUCUUCAUGUUCAUGAGAGCUACUGCAGGCUACCUGAUUGUUCAAGACCCUGAAAGGGGCCGACUGGAAGAAAGGCGCUCUGCUGACCGCCACUCUCUAUCCCUCCGCCGUCUUUGGCAUGGGCUUCUUCCUCAACUUCUUCAUCUGGGGAGAACACUCUGUGGAAACGAGACUACCAUUGGUGGUGGAGGUCCUUCUCCCUCUCAGGUUCAGCCAGCUACUAUGUCAUGGCCUACGCCAUCAUCUACUACUACACCAAGAGCUGUGAGUAGCAGUGAUGAUGUCACUUUUAGUCAUGUGACUGUCACGUGAUAUGCUCUCUGGAGCAGUACUGUUCACCACCAUGCUGGCUCUGCUGUGCAUGUGGUUUGGAACAUCCUUCCCCCUCGUGUUCAGAGGGUCCUAUUUUGGGUUCCGGAAACAGCCGUACGAACAUCCGGUGAGGACCAAUCAGAUUCCUCGACAGAUCCCCGAGCAAGUCUGGUACCUCCAUCCAGUCUCUGCGAGUUCUGGGAUGACAGAGACCAAUGACAUCACCAUUACAUCACAAGACACUCUGCAGAGCCUGCUCUCAAGGGUUGGGCUUACUGAACACAUGGAGCUUUUUCAGUCCAAUGAAAUAGAUCUGGAAGCUCUGUUGUUGAUGAGUGACAAAGACUUCUCAGAAAUUGGUCUUCCACAGGCUGCACAGACAACUCUGAUGAACUCUCUGGGAAGAAGAACACCGUCUGCCGUGAGAGAAGAGGGCGUGGCCUCGUCCGCGGCUGAUCAGGGAGACGGGAGGGGAUUCCCCUCAGGCAGUCGGCAACAGGAAGACUCUUUAUAGCGACUGCCCUCCAUCUCCUAAGAUGAGGUGUUUGACAAGGCUGUCUGAGUGUGGCUAACAAUCUUCUUCCUCUCCUCUCUCUCCUUCCUUCUCUCCUCUCUCUGUCUCCUCAACACACCAUUUGCUGUACUAUGAUUCAAGCUCUAGCCACUAGUUAAGUCAGCACGCCUCAGCUGGUAAUAGAGUAACACUCACGCACACACACUGUUGAAAUUACAGACACAAAUUAUAUGUGUGUCCCUCUCUGUAAUGAUAUUUGCUAUUGAGACGCUAGUUCAUUCAUCAAUGGAAAUACGUGAUUUAGGGGCCCUGGGAUGUAGCUGUGUGACACUUGUAAGCAGUGAUUACGGGUAUGUGUUGAGUGAUCAUAAUAUGCCAGAUUAGUGCAAAACACAAGUUAGUAAAUGCAGAAUCUGUAUCUGAUAAUACACACGAAGGCUGU